CGAAAACAACCGCCGCCGGAUCUCUUGCCUCGUCUCCGUUCCUCAAAGUCGCUUUAACUGAAACUGAAUUUGAAAACUUCCUCCACUUUUUUUCCCCUUCUCCUACUCUAUUCUUUUUUAUUUUAUUAAUUAAUCACUUUUUUUUUCCUCCUUUUACCUUUUUCCCAAUUUUCCAAUAGCAAUAAUACACAAUACAUCACAAUGUUUUAGCAAAAUUUCAGGACAAAAUCUCGCGACCUCGCAGGAAAUUUGAAGAUUCUCACCACUGGAAAGUAUCUCCUUUUUAGAAGACAUUCCACGUUAAUUAUCAUCACUAGUACUCCUUUGAAAAGUAUGUCAAUGCCGGUUCUUACUAAAAAAAGCAACUCCAAUGAGCUCUAAUUUUCACAGUUUGAAUGGAUAUAUAUGAAUCAGAGAACCCAUUGAAGAAUGGGACCACUCGCAGGGCCCGAACAAGAGAAGUUAGCUCGAGGUACAAGUCACCCACACCCAACGGUCAAACUCGCUGCCCUUCCCCCACACCUAAUGUUCCAAAACGCUGCCCUUCACCAAACGCCCCAAAGAGAUCCUUAUCGGCUGAGAGAAAACGCCCGUCCACACCUUCAUGGCCGAACACCCCAAUUCGUGACACAAAUGCAGAAUCACUUUUGGCGCCAAACAAGACAGCUGGCACUGGCAGUAAGCUGCCCGACUCUCUAUGGCCGUCUACUAUGCGGAGUCUCAACAGCUCCUUUCAAUCGGAUAAAAGUGAAAAAACGGCGGCCGAUCGCACUCUGAGGCCUCCCUCGAAUGUAGCUCGUGUGGUCGAAGCCCGAAAGCCCACGCCAGAUAGAAAACGGAGCCCACUCAAGGGGAAAAAUUCUCCCGACUUGUUGGUGGAGAAUUCGAAACCUGCCUCCGAUAUUUUACGGCAUCAAUGGCCGAGCAGAGCAAGUGGGAAAACAUUAUCUACAAAUCCCGUGAUAAAAACCGAUGUUACUCUCGAUAAGACGAGCAAAAUCCCGUCUUUAUCAUCCCGUACUGUUCGGAGAUUGUCUCUUGAUGGGAUGACAAGCAAACCUAUGCAGAAAUCGGCCAGCGACUUGUUAAUGCUAAUGUCGCGUGAUGAAAGUCGAGUGGCGGGGCUUUCGAGGAAUUCUGUUGAUGAUCGUUGGUUAAGGGCACAGAGACCGAGCUCGAGUUCAUCAGAUAGAACAACUGUGUCUUUGCCUGUUUCGAGGUCACGGCCCUCGUCACCUUCAGCGUCAAGAGGGGUUAGUCCAUCUCGGGCCAAGGUAAUUGGGCCUUGCAGUAGAGGGUCUAGUCCGGCUAGGGUGAGGCCGUCGAGCCCGAGAGGAAAUAAUUCCCAUAGUUCGGCUUCGGUUCUCAGUUUUAUGGCGGAUAUUAGUAAUAAGGGAAAGAAGGUGGAUCGUAACAUUGAAGAUGCACAUCAGCUGAGGCUGUUGUACAAUAGACAUUUGCAGUGGCGGUUUGCGAAUGCACGAGCUGUUGCUUUGUUGCGUUCUCAGAAAGCGAAAGCAGAGAAAAUGUUGUAUAAUGUGUGGAGGGUAAUCAUAAAUCUCUGGAGUUUGGUAAGGGAAAAGAGAUCUGACGUCCAGCAAUUGAAGCUUAAGUUGAAGGUCUACUCAGUUUUGGACAGUCAAGCAAUCUUUCUUGAAGAGUGGACUUUGUUGGAGAAGGAUCAUACCAACUCAUUAACACAGGCUGCCCAAAAUCUCGAGGCCAGCACCCUUCGUAUUCCCGUCACUGGAGGAGCAAGGGUCGAUAUUAAAACCCUGAAGGAAGCUGUGUGCUCUGCUGUUGAUGUGAUGAGCUCAAUGGGUUCCUCCUUAUGGUCCAUACUCCCAAAGGUCGAGGGGAUGAACUGGUUGGUCUUGGAGCUCGCUGAUGUGGCAGCACGCCAGAGAGCAAUGCUGGACGAGUGCGAAUCACUUUUGGGUUCCAUAGCCAAAUUGCAGGCGAGUGGAAGAAGACUGCCUCAGGACUCAUAUUUUACAAAUGAGACAAACUAUGAAAAACGGGGCACAGUCUGCAUUCGGUUUUAAUAAGUUGACAAAUUUUCAAGGGAUUUGAACGUGUUGGUGCUAACAACAUUUUCUUUGUGUCUCCUCGUUGAUGGCUAACACAAUGUUCUUUUCGUUGAUGUAUAUCAAUGGUUCUCUUUGGCAUAGUGAUUUUAGAUUAGUGAUUAGUUUAGGGUAAAAAAAUCAUUUUCAUUUAUGCCUCGUCUGUAGUUUACUGGCUAGAUCUCUCUGUUUUCUGUUCUCUAUAUGUAUUUAUUUUGUCAGACCAACUACUAAAGGGAAAUGUGAAAGUGAGCAUUAACAUAUUCUAAGGCAUCUUGUACAUUUUUUGGGUUAUAAGAACAGCUGGAGUAG